CACUCCAUUUUGGGAGAAGUGGAGGGUAUGUCAGCAGAAACAAUGUUAUUGUUGUGGAGCAUGAAGGAGAGGCACAAUCCUGAUUCCAAAUUUAAGUUGUACUUCGAUACACUGCCAGAGAAAUUUAAAACAGGUUUGAGUUUUGGGAUUGAAGCUAUAAUGUCCUUAGACGGAACCUUGCUGUUAGAAGAGAUUGUCCAAGCAAAAGAGCACUUGCGUACACAGUAUGAUGAAUUAUUUCCAGCCCUAUGCAAUGAUCAUCUGGAUGUAUUUCCUCCAGAGCUGUACACCUGGGAGCAGUUCUUAUGGGCUUGUGAACUUUGGUACUCUAAUAGCAUGAAAAUUAUGUUUAAUGACGGAAAACUAAGGACCUGCUUGGUUCCGAUUGCAGGGUUUCUUAAUCACUCGAGUUGUCCGCACAUAGUGCACUAUGGAAAAGUAGAUUUCACGACAAAUUCUAUUAAAUUUCCUUUGUCAAGACCGUGCAAUGCAGGAGAGCAAUGUUUUCUUGGCUAUGGAAACUUCAGUAGUUCUCAUUUACUGACCUUCUAUGGCUUUCUCCCACAACUAGACAACUACUACGAUGUGAUUCCUCUAGAUAUUGAUGUUGAAAGUAAUGAAGGUUUUGCGGACACUGGCCCUACGUCUGAUUGGACCUCCCAUAUGAUUCGUGGAACCUGGUUCUCAAAGAAUCGUGGCUUCUUCCGUUAUGGUUUACCGCCUUCUCUACUGGAUCAUAUGCGUAGAUCUCGGAAUCCUUUUUUGCAAACAUUCAACCUUACACCAGAGAAGUUGGAAAUUGAACUCGAAAUACUUAGAGACCUUUGUUCUAUGUUCCAAGAUAUGACGGAUGCACUAGGAGAUGCUCAACUUGAUGACAGGGAGACCACAAGUUGGGAUACAAAGCUUGCACUGGAUUUCAAAUAUUUACAGAGGAGGAUUUUCUACUCCGUUGUUGCUUCGUGCCAGGCAGGUUGUGAGUUGGUAGAAAGCGAACUGCAAAGAUAUAGAUUGUAGUUUCAUUACGGGAAGGGACAGUGUGUGCUAAGUAUAUGAGGUGUGGGCUUCAAAGAGUUUUGUUAUAUGUCCAUUCUAGUUUCCGUACCAAAGGUCCGACUGAAUUAGCCUUUUCUGUCGUACCAAUGAAACAAUGAUAAUAGUUUUCUCUAACAAGAAAUCUAGGCAAGUGGUUUAUAACCAUCUUUUCUUCCUACUAGCUGGUUAAAUUUAAGUUCUUGUCUUAUUCUUAGGCAACAGAGCCAGUAGAAAUUUUGUAAUCCUCUCACAAUUUUCAGGCUAUCAUCUCAGUGAUUCUUAGUUUUCUCAUCGCCUCUAUUUGGAAUCGUGGUAUGUUUAUGAGAAAAGUAUUUCAAUUGUAAUAUAUGUGUAAUUCUACCUU